CGCGCGGCCACGGCGCUGCUGAACUCGUCGGUGGCGGAGCCCAUGGUGUGGCCGUCGCCGCUCAAGUUCAUCAGCGAGCUGGGGGCAGACGCGAGGGCGCUCCUGGAGGCGGCCCUUGUCGAGGCCAAUAGGGAGCGGGAGAAGAAGAUCGUCAAGGGCACCAAGUACUCGGACUCCUCGCCGACGCUCUCCGACGCCGGCGCCGGCGACGACGACGACGUGGACGACCAGGAGGACAAGGAGGUGUGCAGCAUCUGCUUCGAGCAGGCGUGCAGCAUCGAGGUGGAGGACCGCGGGAACCGGAUGUGCGCCGCCUGCACGCUCGUGCUCUGCUGCCACAGCAAGCCCAACCCAGCCACGCUACAGCCGCCGGCCUGCCCCUUCUGCCGCAGCUGCAUCUCCCGGCUUGUCGUCGUCGACUCCAAGGCUAAGGCCGUCGCGGUUGCGGGCGCCGGCGACGAGGCUGACGAGAAGCCGGCGUCGCCGCGUCUGAGCCGGAGGAGGUCACGGACGAGGUCCCGCGAGGGGAGCAGCAACUUCAAGGGCCUCUCGUCGGCCAUGGGGUCCCUGUCUAGCAAGAUCGAGCGUGGCUCCGGCAGGCUGGUCGGCGACGGCGACGGUGCGUUCCUGGACAAGCUGGAGCACGACCUCCCUUGA